UUAAAGAAACUUUAGCCGACAAUCUUCGAGACCAGUUUGUAUGCGGCGUGAGUGGGGACGUUAUACGGCAACGGCUGUUUGCGGAGGAGGAUUUGACGUAUGCCAAGGCGGUGACCUUGGCAUGUUCAUUGGAGGCAGCAGAGCGUGAUGCAGCGAUUAUGACGGGCGGCAACAGUGGAGCAUCAGGAGCGCCCGCGGGAGCGGUGCAUCGCGUGGCUGGCGGAGACGGCGCGGGGCGCGGGGCCGGGCGGCGGCCGCCAGCGCAGCGCCAGCAGCGGGAAACGGGUUUUAGUGCGCGGGAAACAGCUGGAAGCGUACGCGGUGCGACGCCUUGUACUGCCUGCGGUGCUACUAAUCAUUGUUUUUCGACGUGCAAGUUCAGCGAGUACAUAUGUAGUAUGUGCCGGAAGACGGGACAUUUACGUCGAAUGUGUCCCAAGAGGUCGUCUCACAAUGAAAGAGCGACCCCAGGGCGCUAUGGCGGCCGGUCACGGGCCUAUUUUGUUACCGGAGAAGAUAGCGAAGGGGAAACAAGUGAAUCGGAGGAAGAGGAGGAAGCGUUGUACAGAGUUUCAUUAAGUCAAUACAAGCCGAUAUAAGGAAGUUUUCGAUGGGGGUCUCGGGUGCUACAACGGUGGGACGGCUACGCUGCGCGUGCGCGAGGGUGCGGCGCCGGUGUACCGGCGCGCGCGACCACUGCCUUUCGCGCUGCGGGGCCGCGUCGACGCCGAG